CACGAAAUUUGCAAAGUGUUAAAGAAGAGCGAAAAAUAGAAAAAAUUGCCGACGAUUGCCGAGAAAGUGUGCAAAUUAUCGCGAGAUCGGCACUUUUCGCUUCUUGAAAUCUUAAAAGUUUUCAGUAGCAAUUCAGUAAGCGGUGCAUACAAUACAAAUUUUAUAGAAAACGGAUUGUGAAUUGAUUUUAAAAUUUUUAACUCAAAUAUAUUUUUUAGUUUGUAAUUAAAUAUUUUUUUAAGAAAUUCCAAAAAAAUAUUAUUUACAAAUUUUUACUUUUUAUUACAAAAAAAAAAAAAACAAUGUCUGAUCACAUAAAGUUAGAAGUGAAAAAUGAACAAAAUAACUGUAACUCCGCAAAACCAUAUAAUAAUGCAAAACACGAUAUACUUUUUGAAAAACGUGACAACUUCAAAAAUGAACGCGUUCGUUUUAAAAAUAACAUACACACAGUUAUAGUGCCAACACAUCAAUCACAUAGCAGAACUCUACCCAAAACUAUGCCAAAAAAUGGUGUAAAACAUUUCAAUGAAAAUCUUCACAAAACUGAUUCCAAACAUAUUUCAAAAAUCCUAACCGUUAACGACACAAAUAAUGAUUUCAUUAUACAAAUUAAAAACGACACAAAACCAAGAAGAAAAUCAGAUACAAAACUCACAGCACCCACACAUUCAACGCUUUCGAAGGCCGAAUCGAAGACCUCACUGAGAAGCGAUCACCGAGUUUUAAUUAAAACCGAUUCGAAAUCGACAUUACGCAGCGGUGAAUCAAAAAAUGAUUUGAAAUCACUUUCCGCCACUUUACCGCGCCACGCAUCGAACAGCACACUAAAAAGUAACAGUUUGGGUAGACCGUUGCAUAAGUCAGACUCCAAGGCGACUUUGAAGAGUGAAGCGAUCUCAAUUACAGAUGUUUCAAGCGGCAGCAGCACGCAUGUGAAGAAAAGUCUGGAAUCGAUGACCGAUGAGGAGAUCAUCGAGGAGAAUUUAAAGGAGUUACUCGAAAAUAAGAAUCGAGAAGAGCGAAAAGCGAAUGGACGUCUCAUAGCAGCCAUUGUAGCAUUUCUAGUUAUAUUUGUGGGACUCUAUAAUAUGUGGCUAAAGAAAGCCAAUGGCCUGGCGGGCAUUCUGGUGCCGGUGAUAAUUAUGGUGUCUUAUGGCGGUUGGGUGGUGUUGCUCGCUAAACGCGAUAAGCAGCGUCAAGUAUUGUAUGACAAACAUGUGGAAGAAGUGAUGGAACGCAACAAAAUCGAAUUGGCCGAAAAGGCGAGAUUGCUGAGAAAGAAAAAGUUGGAGGAGACGAAACGUAAGGAAAAAGAGAAAACUGCCAAACUAAAUCGUUUGGGUCAUCGUCCCAGUUUUCGAGAGAAACUAUUCGGCACGCGUACGCCUGCUUUGCAGCCAUCGGCAAAUCUGCUAACCAUCGCCGUCACUGCAGCGGCGCCAUCACAAAUUGUUGUAGAGUCGAAGAAGAAACGGCUGGAGCGUAUGGAUGCAUUGGUGUUGCCGCACCCGCCGAUACGCACCGGCUCAGCGCCGUAGUGAACGUAAAACAUACGGCUGUAACUGUAGACAGCACACAUAAGCGCAUAUGCGAACACAAACACACAAAUACACAAGGCAAAAGAAAGAAACUUUAGAUAAACAGGAAACGUGCGAAAGGUUUGCACGACCGGAAAUGAGGGUGUUUAAAGCAUUUUCGAUAUGUUUCAAAAGUAAUGUGUUUACGUUUCGAUUCGCCGUCGUAGUAUAUACAUAUGUAUCGCUUUCAUAAAUUGCUCCAUAAAUAUGCCUUUUUAUUUUGAUAAACACAAAAAAAAUUGUAUAUAAAUAAGAAUUAAAAAAAAAAAAAUUAAAUAUAUAAAUAUCUAAACAUGCACAGUGUGCUCACUUCUAAGUAAACAUCUGCAUUACUUUGAACUUUAUCGUAAUCCGUCCUUUUUAUGACUCUUCUCAUGACUGUCUUUUGCUUACAAGCACACACACACGUGUAAAAUUAUUAAUCACUAUACUUCUAUGCUAUUUUUCUACGCUCACAUGUAGUUUAUAAAUAUAAAUAAUUUUUGAUUUUAUUUUAGUUGUAAUGAUAAUUUAGUAAUUCUAUUUAAGACUAUAAUGUUUACAAACUCUAUAUUAAAUAAAAA